UCCUCUGUGCUGUUGUUUAGCUGAGAGCUAGCUACCGUGUGCUAGCUCUCUAGGUGUAGCUAACUCCGUUAUUUCAGGUUUAAAUGAAAUCUUUAAAAUGUAAAAUAUUCGUAGAAGUUGGACACAUAUUGAACAUGUUGUUACAGAAAAAUGUUUUAUUCAUUGACUGAAUGAAAUUGCUACUGACAGGUGAUCAUCGCAUGGAUUUACACAGGACAAAUGUAUUAAGACACUGAUAGGUUGGAGCCAAGAAACAAGACAUUCACAGUAAAAUGAAACGCCUCUCCAAACCUCUAAGAUGAUGUGCAGACGCAUAUUGUAAGUAAUGUGAUCAGAGUGGAAAGGGAAUGCAGACUUGCCAGCUAUAGCUUGUAUGCGAGCGUGAUGCCCAGGCGGGGGUUGCCGUUCCAGGGCCGGGUCCGCUGGCUCUUCCUGGGCCUCUUCCUGCUGCUGGUGCUGCUGCUGUUCGCAUACCUGCUGGAGUGCACCCCUCCAGCAGACGCCAGCCUGGUCCUGCCCGGCCUAGCAGGGGAGGUCUACGGGAAAGAGUACUACCAGGCCCUGCUGCAGGAACAGGAGGAGCGCCACCUAAACCGUGCCGCCAGUCUCAAGCGCCAGAUUGCCCAGCUCAAGCAGGAGCUGCAGGAAAUGAGUGAGAAGCUAAAGCUCCUGCAGGACAAGAAGGAGCUCCCCGGGGUGCAGGGCCUGGCCGAGACUAAAGACCAAGAGCCGGGAGAUCUGCUGGAGUACCUGCACUCUCAGAUCGACAAGGCUGAGGUCAACACAGGGGCACGCCUCCCCAGCGAGUAUGCCCUUGUGCCCUUUGAGAGUUUCACCUCGUCGAAGGUGUACCAGCUGGAGAUGGGACUGACGCGGCACCCAGAGGAGAAACCUGUCCGCAAAGACCGCAGGGACGAGCUGGUGGAGGUCAUCGAGGCUGCGCUGGACAUCAUCAACAACCCUGAUGAGGAGGAUGGCGUGGAGGAAGAGAUGCCGAUGCAGAGACAAACCUACACAGAGGGUCACUUUUCUGAAGGACUGUAUAGGACAGAGCGCGACAAAGGGACGCUGUACGAGCUCUUCUUUGCCAAAGAGGAUUCCAGCAGCUUCCGCCACGUCACGCUCUUCAGGCCUUUUGGUCCCUUAAUGAAAGUCAGGAGCACAUCUGUAGAAACAUCAGGAAUGAUUAUUAACAUCAUUGUGCCACUGGCGGGCAGAGUAGAAACUUUCUCACAGUUCUUACACAACUUCAGGGAGGUGUGUAUACAGCAGGACAGACGCAUACAUCUCACGGUGGUUUAUUUUGGGCAGGAAGGCCUACAGGAGGUGAAGUCAUCUUUGGAAAAAAUGUCAAGGGAGGAGAGCUUCUCCAAUUACACUCUGAUCCCAGUGGACGAGGAGUUCUCGCGAGGUCGGGGUCUGGAUAUCGGAGCCCACGCCUGGAAGAAAGGCGACGUCUUAAUGUUUUUUUGUGACGUUGACAUCCAUUUUACUCUGGAGUUCCUUAACACCUGUCGUCUCCACUCUGCUCCAAAUAAGAAAGUCUUCUAUCCAGUGGUGUUCAGUCUGUACAAUCCUGCCAUUGUCUAUGGAAAUUUGGAGCUGGCUCCACCCACUGAACUCCAACUGAUUCACAAAAAAGAUGCUGGAUUCUGGAGAGAUUUUGGCUUUGGAAUGACGUGUCAGUAUCGCUCAGAUUUCCUAAAUAUUGGUGGGUUCGAUCUUGAAGUCAAAGGCUGGGGUGUGGAAGACGUCCACUUGUACAGGAAGUAUCUUCGAAGCGACCUGAUAGUGAUUCGGACGCCAGUGUCUAGUCUUUUUCACCUGUGGCACGAGAAGCAGUGUGCAGACGAGCUGACGCCUGAGCAGUACCGCAUGUGCAUCCAGUCCAAAGCCAUGAACGAGGCCUCCCACUCUCACCUGGGCAUGUUGGUUUUCCGUGAGGAGAUUGAGGCUCACCUACGCAAGCAGGCCUUCAAGACUCAGAGCAAAACAGAGGACUAAGUAAGCCUUUUCGUACCCAACGUCAUUCCACCGUUAAGACUGUGAGUUGCUGACUUAAUUAACGCACUACAGCAAAGACAAGUUUACAUGGAUCCUUCUGCAUUUCACCGCACAGCUGUAGACAAAUGAAUGUACAAAAACAAGCAUUGAUCAAUGUGAAACAUGGUACAACACUUAUUGAAGAGCUACAGCAGAAUCAAACACAAAUGAGCGAUCAAACUGGUAAUAUUUAACCUGCUGAAGGAAAAUGGACACAUGUAAAACAAGUAACAUUUAGGUUGACAUUAUAUUUUACGUAUUGAAAUCAAUUCAGUUAGCAUGCCGUUAUUAUCUUGGGAAACAUAACUUCUUAUUGAGACAUCCUACCUGCUUCAAACGCAGCACCUGAUUUGCAACCGGUUUCUUCACCAUUUUCGCCCUCUCUGCUGCUUCACUACCUUUCACUGCUGAAUGUGACCUCAGCCAGUAGAUUUAAGCCGUUUCAGAUGAUUUCUGCAUUCCAGAAAGGUAUCCAACAAGAUAAAAUACAACCAGCUGUCAACGUUUAGAGUGGCUUUUUAAUAGGAAAAAAAGCAGUUACUAAAGGGUAAAGUCCAGCUAUAGAACUAUUUAUUUACUGUUUACAAAAGUUGCACUUUCUUAAAAUGGAAGUAAAAAAAAAAAAAAGCAAGUUGACCCCACAAGAACCAGUAAGUUUCUACUGAUUCCCAGCUGUCUGCAAGUUGAAGAUCAAAGCAAUUUACAAUCUGUCACCUUUUACAGUAUAUUGGCAGUUGAGUUUGGAGCCAUACUGUUCUGUUAGUAUUAUAUUUAUAGGUUGUGUCAGACUGGCAAUGUGGUUUUAAAAAAAAAAGGGACCUUUUUGUGUUUUAUGUGACAAUCAGUCACUAUUUCCUUUGCUGAUGACAGCUUCCAAGUGAUUCGUUUUUCAGAGAGAAGCAUGUUGAUUAAAUAGUUAAAGAGCCAGGAGCAAACAUGUGCUUAGAGCAUGCAGUGCUAUGAUAUCAGGUCUAUGUGGACCAGUAUUAUUUGUCUAAAUAAUAGAUUUGUCAUUUAUGCCCGGUGAGAAUCACUCACAGCACUAUGAUUCCUAAUACUGGAUGAAUGUUACAGCCACUCUUGUACAUACUUUUCUAAUAUUUCUUUGUUUCAUACAUGUGAGUUGAAUACGUUUGUUGUACGUGCCUACAGGCUUAAAGUGAUAUGAAAUGUUGAAGACAGGGUUUUGUAACGGUGUCAAGAGCUGUAGGCCUGAUAAUUUUAUUCCAUCUCAUAAUGAGAGCGGAUGUUACAGCUGAACAGUUCAGUCACAGAGGUUUGAGGCGUAAUGAGUACAGCUGUCAAAAUUCUACUUAGAGCAGAUUAAGAAGUGCUUUAUUUUUCUCACAAUGAAGGCAGGUUAUUCUUGCAUCUCAUCUCAUCCUGUACUGUAAUUAUUUUUAAUCAGUGUUUUUGCAAAUGUUACAGCUUUUUGUAGAUAGUCUUAAAGUCUCCUCACCUUGCAGGAGAAAUGGUACAUGUCUUCCUCUCAGCAGUAUACAACAACUCAAACAGGAAGAUCCUGUGCAAGGAAAUGAUUUAUUUUGACAUUUUGGCCAUGAAAUAAAAUUUACAUAAGGCUGCA